UAAAUCCGACCGGCAUGACUGCCAAGUGGCAGUGAAGAUAGUUUCAAAGUUCCAAGCACCGGGGGAUUACUUGAAGAAAUUCCUUCCCCGUGAAAUCGAAGUCGUCAAAGGACUGAAGCACCCGAAUUUGAUUCGUUUCUUUCAAGCGAUAGAGACGACGCAUCGGGUUUACAUUAUAAUGGAAUAUGCUCAAAACGGAAGCCUUUUAGACGUGAUUCGUCGCGACAUUUACAUUGAUGAAGGUCGUGGCCGUCGAUGGCUCCGACAAUUGGUCGAUGCAGUUGAUUACUGCCACGAACGAGGUGUGGUCCACAGGGAUAUAAAAUGUGAGAAUCUUUUAAUGGACCAGGAUAUGAAUAUCAAACUGUCGGACUUCGGUUUCGCUCGAGGACACAUGAAGCCUAAAAACGGAAUAGCUCAGCUGAGUGAAACAUUUUGCGGAAGUUAUGCAUACGCUUCUCCGGAAAUAUUACGAGGAAUACCGUAUCAGCCUCAAAUGUCCGACGUAUGGUCAAUGGGUGUGGUCUUAUACGCGAUGGUAUACGGUCGGCUCCCAUUUGACGAUACUAACUACGCUCAGCUGCUAAAGCAAGUUCAAAGUAAGGUGACAUUCCCGAAAGAACCGAAGGUAUCGCAUACGUGUCGCUCCCUAAUCACUCGUAUUUUAACACCUCAAAGAAUGCGUCUACGUACUGUCCACAUAAAAGAGGAUGCAUGGUUAGCCGUAUCUGUAGCGACUGCUCAAACGUCAACAGACAAAUCAAUGGUAUUUUACACAUUUCACCCUACUUAUUUAAAUCCAAAACUAUACUCUACAAGUAUAUACAUUUUUCAGGAACAUCUGCCAUCAAUUUUAAUCAAGAAAGGGGUCAAGAAGGUGGAUCAGCAAAGUUCGUCAACUGCUCCAACGAAUUUGCUAACAAUGGAAGUGUUGGCCGCGAAACCAAAAACGGCAAAUGUGUCAACUACCGAUGACGAGUCAAUAAUUGCCACAGAACCGCGAUCGUCCACUACUUAUAUAAUUGAAAAUAACUAUCACAAUGCGAAAAAUCGCGUUCAGGAUAACCGAAAACCAUCAUUUUAAUGAAUUCUUAGAAGUGCUUUGGUUUUUAUGCAACUCUUU